AUGCUACCGCGGCCUCGUCUCGGGGCGUUUCGCCUCCCCGUCAAAGGCCCCGUCGGUUUUUCGGUGCCGGCAUUGAGCCUCGGCCGGAUGUUGCUGUCAGAAGAGGAAGACACCCGAAGCCAACAGCCAGAAAACCGCCGAGGUGCAGUGAAAGGACGGGAGAGGUGGUGGGGUCGGCCAGAUUCCGGGGACUUUACACAUCUCCUACGUCCUAGCGCUCGGCGACAGCGAACGAACGGACUGGCGUCGCGAGGCUGUGGCAAAGAGAAGGGGAAGAGGGGUGGGCAGCGGGAGCUGGAGCUUGCAGCUGCACUGGCUUCCCCCAUCGUCAAUGCUGCGCAGCAGUUUUGCCUGCUGCUCCAUUAG